CAACCAACAUAGAAACCGAAAUGUCGCCAGCCAAACACUGCAUGCAUUGCACAUUUGACAUUACAUAGUUGACUGUCAUAAAAAUAAUUUAAAGAAUUUCGAUUGUCAUUUAACUCUUUGAAAAACUAACAACAAAGAAAUAUGGGUUUAUUGGCAAUUUUACGAAAACUUCGAUCAAAUCCAGAAAAAGAAUUAAGACUUUUGCUUUUGGGAUUGGACAAUGCAGGAAAAACGACUAUUUUAAAAGCGCUCGCUAGUGAAGAUAUUACACAGGUUACACCGACGCAGGGUUUUAAUAUUAAAAGCGUUCAAAGUGAAGGUUUCAAACUAAAUGUCUGGGACAUUGGAGGAGCUCGAAAAAUUCGACCCUAUUGGCGAAAUUAUUUUGAAAACACAGAUGUUCUUAUAUAUGUUGUUGACAGUGCAGACAUAAAGAGGCUGGAAGAAACAGGACAAGAGCUUUUUGAACUUCUAUUAGAAGAUAAAUUACGCAAUGUGCCUCUAUUGGUUUACGCAAAUAAACAAGACAUAAGCCAGGCUGUGACUGCAGCUGAAAUUGCAGAAGGAUUAGGUCUACAUAAUAUUAAGGAUCGCGAUUGGCAAAUUCAGUCAUGUAUCGCAAUCGAGGGAAAAGGAGUUAAGGACUGGAAUGGGCAUGCAGAAGCAUCAAAAAGAAAUGAAUUUCAUUGAAAUAGUUUUACAUGUUUUUUUUGUUUGUGCAUUGUUUGCAGUAUGAGAAUUGAGACACAAAAUACUUUCAUGUACACUUUUAUUUGAUUUUACCUAAUAUGUACAAGGAAUACUACGAUUAUCUAAUAUUUAUAUUUAUUUUCGGCACCGCGUUGAGCCGAUCUAGUCAUUUGACUUCCGUCCAUAGUAAUUAGUUUAUUUAUUUACUUUUUUUUUUUUUUGUCUUUUAAAUUUUAGUAAAGCGUAUGUCGUUUUUACCUCGUACGUUGGCGAGUGUCCAUGAGAUUUGUGCCUUCUAUAGGUAGAGACUUUGUAAAUAAAAGCACCACGAAUGAAAUCAUGUUGCACUGACGGCGAA